UGGGUGGCCACUGACUGACAGUGUCGACUCGAGUCGGCAUAUAUAACAGCUGCUUAGAGGAGCUGGGCUCCCAGAUGCGAUGCAGCCUGUACAGUGCCCCCACAACCGCACCACCCCGCCCCCGCCCUCGUCCCCGUCCCCGUGUCUUCUUCUUCCUCUCGCCUAGUGUGUUGGCUUCGGGCUUUCGCCUUGGCUAGCUGAGGCGGAGCUUCUCCCUCCCUCCCUUUCUUCCUUCCUUCUGAAGACCAGGAAACUGAAGGUAGCUGGGCUGCGGGUCUGGCAAUGCCGCCACCCAGGGGGAGCCGGCCGGCGGGGUGCAACGGCGGAUCUAUGCUACGGCUGCUCGUCGUCGCCUCCCUCUGCUGCGGUUGCUUCGUCGUCGGGCGCUGGGGGAGCGGCGUGCUCCGGCCGGAUUCUGGGAGGAUGGCAGGAGCAGCGAUCUACGCCGGUGAUCUGGACGGCUACCACCAUGGGGGCGGCAGGCGGCGGCUGCUGGCCGGGGGCCCCGGCCCCGGGUCGCACCCGCCGCGGUGCACGUCCAAGUGCGGCAGCUGCAGCCCGUGCGUGCCCGUGCACGUGUCCGUGCCGCCGGGCGUGCUGGUCACCACGGAGUACUACCCGGUGGCGUGGCGCUGCAAGUGCCGCGACCGCCUCUACAUGCCGUGACCACCGGCCGCCGCCACAUGCAGCCCGCGCGCGUCGGUGGCCUCGGUCGAACGUCCGGCGGCGGGAAGAAGACGCGGCGUGUAGCGCCGGCCGCCCGGGCCGGCCGCCGAGCGUACGCGGCCGCAUACGUACGUACUGUGGCCGUGCCGUACAGGGGCGCGCACCGUCAGUGUACAUGUAUGUAUGACAGUGAGUGACAGACAUGGGUGGUGCUGGAGUGAUGGAUGCACGUGGUGGGCUACCGUGGCAUGGCAGGGCAGGGCCGGCCUGCAUGUGUAGCUGUGGACGGUGCUGCUGUGCACUGGCGGAGCGUGGACGUGGUUGGGCAGCCCCGGCGCCAUGGACCUACCGGGGGCGGUGGCGCAGGCAGGCAGCUCCCCCAGGCGCCUCGGCCUCUUUGCAUGAUUUUCGUGCGUGCCAUUCAGUCAUUCCUAGGCACUGAAAUAUACUACCACAUGGCAUUUUCUCUUCUCUCAUCUUAGUAGGAGUAUUUCGCUAUUUUGUGUUGCAUCCAUCAGUCAUGACUUUCUUCGUGGGGGAACAUCCUUCAACGAUUCUACAGUGUACGUAGUAAUAAUACUGAUAAAUUAUAG